GCAUAAAUCACAACUUUAUUUCGAUAUUCCGUAUGGUUGCAGACGCUAGUCUCCGACUUUAAGGAAAUAUUGAAUCAUUUAUUUAUAAUGACCUCGUUAACAGUAUUUUAUUUAUUUAUUUGUAUCGUACUGACGUGUUGUGCCCUACCAGUUCAAAAGAGUAUAGAACCACUUCAAAACGUGGAAGUCGAAGAGGUACAGCGUCGUAUUCUUGAGGAAAUUUCGGACCAUGCGAGAAAUAAAAGGGAUACCUAUGAAUACUCCUAUAGCGCGACUAAUAAAAUGGAAUCCACAGUAAGUUACAGUAUGAAGAGGACGGAAGGUGAGACUGGGGGGACUUUUAUAAUGAUUGGACCAGGACAAAAUAACCAGAAUUUUGUAAAAAUAGUUUACGGUAGAUGAUAAAUAAUAGUUUUAUGAUCAGUUUCAAUGUCAUUAUUUUAUG